AUGGUAGAGCAAUUGACUCUUAAUCAAGAGGUUGGAGGUUCGAAUCCUCUACAAGGCACCAAAGAACGAAAUAUCCUAUUAAGAAAAUUUAUUCUAAGACUGGACACUCCGACUCCAAAAGACAAUAAAGACUUUGUUUGGGAAGAAAAUUUACAAAAACAAAUUGCUUCCCAAGAAAAAGAAAUCCAAAUUCUCACUGAAAAAAUUGCUAAAUGGCGAAAACUAGUUGAAAAUCUCCGAGAAGAAAAUGAUAAAUUAAGGAACGAGCAAAAAACUAAUGAGGAGUUUCACGACCAAGUUCAACAAAAAUUAUUAGAACUAACUGGUGAAAUAGAAACUAAAUUAGAAUACCAAGAAAAAAAGCAUACUGAUUGGCAAAGCCAUCUCCAAAAUAAGUUAGAAUAUGCUUGCCAAGAAAUUUUAAAAGAUGAAAAGGAACUUACUAAACUUAAUAAAAAAAAUAAUCAACUCCAAAGACGCUUACAACAGAGCAAACAAAAACUAACUAGUCAACUCCGCGUUCUGACUAAAACUAGUGAGAAAUUAACUAACUCUCGGAUUUUAGUUAACAGCUUUAACCACGAUAACCAACUUUACCAAGAUGAAGUAAAAUCUUUGGAAAGUUCUUUGUUAGAUAAAGAACAACAAAUUAGUCAGCAACAGCAAAUUAUAACUGAUAAAACUAAUGAAAUUAACCAACUUCAAGGGGAAAAUAAUAGUUUAAAGCAAGUUAAACAAGAUUUAAAAAGUGAAAUUAAUAACUUAAAAGUCCAACAUAAGAAAGAAGUUGGAGAAAAAGAGAAAAAAAUAACUGAUUUAGAGCGAAUAAUCCAAGAAUUAAGAAACAAACCGCCACUUCAACCAGUUAAUAGUUCUGAUAAGUCCGAAAAUAAAUCCGAACCAAAUAAUUUCUUAAUCGAAAAAGAGAGUUUAUUAGCCCAAAUUCAGCAACAAAAAGAGACCAUUCGGCAAUUACACAACCAAUUAAAAAAUAAUCAGCAGUCCCGAGUAAUAGUUAAAGAAGUGCCAGUCACAGAUUUAAUCACUAUUAACGAAUUGCAGGAAAAACUAAAAAUUAAAGAAACCAGCCUUGAUAAAACUCAAAUUCCUAGUAGUAAAAAUAUUUUCAUUGCCCUUACCUAUAUCUACGGCAUUGGUCGGUCAUUAGCGGAAAAAAUAACCGAAGAGACAGAAAUUAAUAAAUAUAAAAAAACAAAGGAUUUAACGGAGGAAGAAAUUAAAUUACUUAACGAGAAGAUUAAAAAUUUUUCGAUUGAAGGAAAAUUAAAGGAAGAAACUCAAAAAAAAAUUAACGAGCAAAUUCGCCUUGGUACCUAUCAAGGAUUAAGACGUUCGCGAAAACCCAAUCCUUUGCCAAUACAUGGUCAGAGGACACGACAUAAUGCUCGAACCGCCAAAGGUCAUAAGCGAGUAACAGUGGCCAACAAGAAAAAAGCCCCAACUGCUAAAUAG